CGUCGGAGAAGCUGAUGGCGACAGCUCCAGCCAGCUUCUGACAAACCACCACCCCAUCUUCCACCACCAUCCCAUCCCUCAUCCAUCGAUCUCCAGCUUGUCUACUCUCUACUCAGGACUGAAUCCCAGCUCUGUACCUUUUUACCAGUAAAAAGGCAGUUCUGCUGAGCUUUGCAGCUCCCUAUCAUGGGUAAUCAACAAUCCAAUAUAGGCGGUGGUGCGCCAGGGGGUGAUGGCCGUGAUGACAAGAGCAAGAAGGAUAAGCCAAAGUACGAGCCGCCACCGCAACCUACCACCCGUAUCGGACGCAAGAAGCGUAAGGCAGCUGGUCCCAAUGCUGCUGCUAAGCUUCCUACCAUCCUUCCCACGUCAAGAUGUAAAUUAAGGUAUCUAAGAAUGCAACGGAUUCACGACCACCUGUUACUGGAGGAAGAAUACGUUGAAAAUCAGGAACGCAUUAGGAAGACCAAGGCCCAAGCAACUUCUCAGCCAUCAGCUACAGGAGAUCUGGAUGCGUUGGAUAGGAAUGCUGACGAAAGGAGUCGCGUCGACGACAUGAGAGGCAGCCCGAUGGGUGUCGGAAACCUCGAGGAAAUGAUCGAUGACGACCAUGCCAUCGUUUCUAGCGCCACCGGCCCGGAGUACUACGUCUCAAUCAUGUCCUUUGUCGAUAAAGAUCUUUUGGAACCAGGGGCCAGUGUCUUGCUGCAUCACAAGUCUGUAUCUGUAGUUGGUGUCUUGACAGAUGAUGCCGAUCCGUUGGUGUCUGUCAUGAAGCUCGACAAAGCCCCUACAGAAUCUUAUGCUGAUAUUGGUGGUCUGGAGAAUCAAAUUCAAGAGGUACGGGAAGCGGUGGAAUUGCCCUUGCUGCAUCCUGAGCUUUACGAGGAGAUGGGUAUCAAACCCCCCAAGGGUGUGAUUCUUUAUGGCGGCCCUGGAACAGGUAAAACACUGUUGGCAAAGGCUGUGGCGAACCAAACGAGUGCCACUUUCCUACGUAUUGUUGGCAGUGAACUCAUUCAGAAGUACCUGGGUGACGGUCCCCGACUAGUGCGCCAGAUCUUCCAAGUGGCGGCUGAACAUGCCCCAUCGAUAGUCUUCAUCGACGAGAUUGAUGCUAUCGGAACGAAGCGUUAUGAAUCGACUUCUGGAGGCGAACGAGAAAUCCAAAGAACUAUGUUGGAGCUUCUUAACCAGCUGGAUGGAUUUGACGACCGUGGAGAUGUUAAGGUGAUCAUGGCAACCAACAAGAUCGAGAGCUUAGACCCUGCAUUGAUUCGCCCUGGUCGAAUUGACCGCAAGAUCCUCUUCGAGAAUCCCGAUCAAAACACCAAGCGAAAGAUCUUUACGUUGCAUACCGGCAAGAUGUCUCUGGGUGAUGACGUCGACCUUGACGAAUUCAUCAGCCAGAAGGAUGACCUUUCUGGCGCCGAUAUCAAGGCUAUCUGUUCCGAGGCCGGUCUCAUGGCACUACGUGAGCGUCGUAUGAGGGUACAAAUGGAAGAUUUCCGUACCGCCAGAGAGCGUGUGCUUAAGACAAAGAAUGAGAGCGAGCCCGAAGGCCUGUACCUGUAGUUUUCUCUGGCGCCGUGGCUUACAUCGUUGAUUCAGUCACUGUCCAGAUCUUCGGCGCAUGCGCGUUAGUCGAUCAAUUGAUCCUGUACUCUACAUCUUAGGCAUUGCAUAUGUCUUAUUUAUCAAUCAACCUCUAAAUCAUGUGAUUAUACGGAAACAUAA